UUCUUCCAGCGACUGUCCUCCCUUUACGUGAAAUGCAGACUGGAGAACAGGCAGCAGCAAUUCCUGCCAGAGCUGAGGCCACCAUACCAGUCCCCCCAGGCACAUACGAAGACUUCAGAGCCUUUGAAGAAAGCCAGGAGGCUGUCUCCAGAACUGAGCUCUGGGACCAUGGUGGAAAAGAGGACGUUGGAGUGGGUAAAGCGUUGGCAGAUGAAGCAGGUCAUGAUGUGUGCACAGAAGAAUUUGCCACAUCAGCAGUUUCCGAAUUCUCUCAGGGUGCUCCAAGUGCUGGAAUGUUCUAUCAGGAGAAACUGGCUGCUCCAUUUGAAAAGUGGCACCCGGGUAUUGAUGAUGUGGGGUAUGAGCCAGUUGACAGCUCCCAUAUUCAAGACAGGCCGUAUCCUUUAUACAGCAGAGGUAAAUUGAAAGAAGAGUCCGCUGGGCAUGAAAAAGAUGAAGACCGUGACAUUGAUGAAACUAUUCCGCAGGAUUCACCUUCCGCAUUAGGACCGCAAGACUCUCCGCUACUUGAAGCAGCCGAGGAAGCUGUGGAGGUGCAUGGCUUUCCAGCAGAAGGCCGACCCAAAGAUAAUCUGGCAGAAAUAUCUAGAGAGACUCCUGUUACUGAAAGGGAAACUCAUAAAGCAGGACAGAUCCUAGAUGAGAGACAGCAGUGGUUGUCAGGGAAAGGAUAUGAUGAUGUUACCAAGAUGGAACCCUCUGAAAGUAUGUACCAAGUGGAAGUUGAAGCUAAUGUAAUUAGGGAGGGAGAAAUCUCAGGUUCUCCACUAGGUGCAACCAAGUUUCCUGAUAGGUUAAAUAAGGACGUGGCAGAUAGAAGUGUUUCCUUGCAACAGGAGAUGGGGGGAAUGGUGCAGGCCAUGGAAAAAGAAGAAUCACCCAAAAAGAAACCUGCAACUCGCAUGUCAGAGAAACAAGUCAGUCGGGUUCCUCAUUUAAAAGCUCGUAUUGACAGUAAAGACAAAGAUGGAACUGAUACUGAAGAGAAAAAGCCUAAGACAUCCACACCUUCCUCUGCCAACCCCCUGAAAGAUAGAUCCUCCAUUACCCCCCAACGACCCUCCUCUGUUAGUACAACCCCUUUGAAAAACCCCUCCAGUCCUGCUGAGUCCUCAGUACCAGCUUCCACUCCUAAACGAGCCUCUUCUAUCACAUCCCGACCUGCCAGUACAGGAACGAAAGAAACAAAGCCAAAGGGUCCGGAGAUGAAAAGCGGAAUGAAGAUGGCCGCUCCCAGGUCUGCAUCACAGACUCAAAAAAGCCCAGCCAACGCUACCCGGAUCCCGGCAAAAACGCCCACGGCCCCCAAGACGCCUCCCAAUGCUGCUGGCAGGAAGGAGCAGAGAAAGCCGCCUACCACAGCAGCAAAAUCUGAGAAAGGUGAGCCUGCAAAGUCUGGAGACAGAAGUGGUUACAGCAGCCCUGGCUCACCUGGGACCCCCGGUAGCCGUUCCCGCACGCCCUCCCUGCCAACUCCCCCGAACAGGGAGCCCAAGAAGGUGGCUGUGGUUCGCACGCCACCGAAAUCCCCUGCUUCUGCCAAGAGCCGCCUGCAGACGUCUACUGCCCCCAUGCCUGAUCUGAAAAACGUCAGGUCCAAGAUUGGUUCCACUGAAAACCUGAAGCACCAGCCAGGAGGUGGAAAGGUGCAGAUAAUGAAUAAGAAGCUGGAUCUUAGCAACGUUCAAUCCAGGUGUGGCUCAAAGGAUAAUAUCAAACACAGCCCAGGAGGAGGCAGUGUGCAAAUUGUUUACAAGCCUGUAGACCUGAGCCAUGUGACAUCCAAAUGUGGUUCCUUGGGCAACAUUCAUCAUAAACCAGGUGGUGGCCAGGUGGAGGUGAAAUCGGAGAAACUGGACUUCAAAGAGAAGGUGCAGUCGAAAAUUGGGUCAUUAGAUAACAUCACCCAUGUCCCUGGAGGAGGGAAUAAAAAGAUCGAGUCUCACAAGCUGACCUUCCGCGAGAAUGCCAAAGCCAAGACUGACCACGGAGCCGAAAUCAUCUACAAGUCCCCCACCGUCUCCGGAGAUGCCUCCCCCCGUCGCCUUAGCAACGUCUCCUCCACCGGCAGUAUCAACAUGGUGGACUCCCCCCAGCUGGCCACGCUAGCUGACGAAGUGUCUGCUUCCCUGGCCAAGCAGGGCUUGUGAUUGCCUGGCCGUGGGCGGAGAGAAGAGAAGAAAAGAAAAAUCAAUCUGGCCUUCUUCCUCUGUUCCUUUUACAACUACUCCCCCCCUCCCCCUGCCCCCCAAAUGGGUAACGAUUUAACCUACUUUUACUGUCCAUUCAGCUCUGGCUCCAGGACUUCAAAAUCAGUAACAGCAUUAGAUAUAAACCCUCAUCUUCCCCAGGCGAUCUUAGCCCAGUGGAAAGGAACCUGAUCACCCCACCCCCCACCCCAAAAGGGAGUUUGGUUUCUGGAGAGGUUGGUGCUGCUUAAAUUUAACUUCAAGAUACAAGCCUGUUCCCAUCUCAGUCAGACUAAUCCCCAGCCCGCCAAAGAUACCGGCAUCUCCCCACCUCUAACAACAUCCCCGGUUGCUUUCCAGCACCCACCCGCCCACCCCCUGCUGGGGAGCACGGGGCACUGCACUCACCUUGGAAAUCUCCCGUAUGCAGUGUUGUUCCCAGGAUAUGAGACACCAGGAUGGGUGAGGUAAUAGCGUUUAUUGGACCAGCGUUGGUUGGUGAGAGAGACGAGCUUUCGAGCUACGCACAGCUCUUCCCUCUGCUCUGGGAAAGUACUUGGUGUCCCAGCUGAGUAACUGCGAGCACCCGAGGAAGAGCUCCAUAUAGCUGGAAAACGUCUCUCUCCCACCGCCAGAAGCGGGUCCAGUAAAGCUGUUACCUGGCCUGCUUGUGUCUCUGAUGAAAGUCUCGGACUAGUUAAUACUAUGUAGAAACCCAGAGACAGUAUGGGAGGCCACCCACCUUCCCCAGAGACUUCUUGGGGCGGGAUGUGGCAGAAACACCUCUUUUCUCCCCUGGAAUUUGGCCCCGUAGCUACCUGGAUUCCAGGUCACAGGCUGGGGCCCAGGAUCCGACUGCCUCUUCUCUAAUUAAAGGGCACCAGCCUUAUUCCUUAUACCCAGCAAAACUGACUUUCAAGUCCUGGGAGCCCACAGCUUCCCUCCACUCGGAGCGAAUGGCCCGUCCCGAAGGGGGUAGUACUAGUAGCCAUGGCAAACUCGCUGUUCCCAGAGCUGGUUCCUUUGUCUAGGCAAGGAUCUCGCCUGCUCUCUGGUUUGACUAACGUGGUUUCAGGGCUCCUUCUUUUAACUCGUAUUAAUGACAACAACUGGCGACUUUUUUCUCCCAGGCUGUUUCUCUUACAAAAGGAUUUCAGCCUUUAACCCGGGCUUCUAGGGGCAAGGCCUGCUCCCACCACUGCUCUUCUCCUGGGCUGAGGCCUCUUACCCUACUUAAUUUGAUGGCCUUGGGCCUGUAUCCAGUUCACUGCCCUCUUCCUCCUAUCCCACUCCCACGCCUGCCAGCGUGUGCACUGUGUGGUCUGGAGUGCAGGCAACCCUGGAGCGCGGUCCCUCGGCAAGGCAACUAAACACUGGGUGAGUGGGUUGGGCGACCUGUUGUAAGAAACAGCAGAGUGCUGACCCAUCUGAAUGCCUAAGGACUAGUGUGAGGAUGGGGGGGAUGGCUGGAAUUUGUUUCCCUCCCUCAGUACCUGUAGCCUUUCUGUUCCGCACAUGGUCUGAGGUUAAGGCCAUGCCUGUCUGUGUCUGACUGGUUGAUGUGGGCUUGAAUACUCUGAGGCUGGCCACACAGAUUUCUCAACUUGUGUGUCAGUUUCUGAGAAGCUGCAAAGGGAAAGUGCUCUUGCCCUGAUCUGAGCUGAAUGAAUAGAGGACUUCUGGGUUCUGUGCUAUCUUCCAGUAGAAAAGGGAGACGCUUGAGUUAGACAUGUGUGGGACAGCUAAGAGCUGCGGGAUUUGAAUUCUCCAUCUUGUUAGCGUAACAAUGCCUAGACUGAAGGCACGUUUCUUUGGUCGGAGCAGUGGAUAGAGGGUGACAGAGCCAGGGACAGAUGGAAAUAGCAUCACUAUUUCACCUAGCGAUUUUGGAAGAAAAUCUUUACGUCCAGGAGAUAAGAUGUGUCUGAAGAUAGAAAUUGGGCUUCCCUCUUCUCAAACCCAACUGCCUGCCCAUAAAUCCCUCCCUCCCCCUUAUAGCCCCAGGUGGCCCCUGCAUCUUUUAAGCUCCAAACGCUGGCUCCAUGCGGUGGUAAUGAUGACACUAGGGACUAGCAAAGGGAUGGUCUUGAAGUGUAUCCCCGCUGCCCUAGUUUUGUCGGAGUGGUGCAUUUUAUGCUGGAGCUGAUGAGUAGAUGAGUCUAGGAUUUUUUCUUUGGCAUACCCUUGUGUUGUAUAGUGGGAUUUGUCUGUAUAUGCUUGGAAAUCACCAGGGUGAUGAUUGUUCUAUAAAAAGCAUGUGUUGUAAAAUUCAGUAGGUAGGUUUUGAACUGCCCCCAGUGCUCAGUACUGUGCUAGAAUUCAGCCAAAGCGACUCUCGCUGUUGUCUGUUUAAUCAGCAAAGGGUGAGAGCAAAUCUGGCUAAGGCCAGAGACAAAUGCAGUAGAACUGAACUGGGUCAGCAUUGACCCGGUAUGAUGGGAAAUGUGUUUCCAGAAGCUGGAGGGGUCUGACCCCGUGAGCUGUGUGUGUUUUCUGGGAAUUUGGCCUGCAGACGAGAGAGAAGACUGGAAGUUCAUUGCACUGCUGCGCUGGUGAAACUGUCCUGCUAGAUAAGUGGAGGUGGUCACUGAGCCCAACCCUUCUUCCUGUGCAGGACUGGGCCGUACGAGGUGUCCUCUGAGGCUUUUUCCAAUCUUCAUUAGAUGCCCCAGGUGAUGAGUCUGCCCCGGCUUCCUAUAGGUUAUUCCAUAGCCACUGCCCAGGAAACCCUUUCCCAAGGCCAAGUGCUGCUGUUAGCACCCGAGGGGGCCGGUAGUGGCAAUAGGAGUUCUGCAGGCCUGCUGGUCACUUUUCUCUGGAUCACAUUUGAAGCCAUGGGUGCUAUAGAUCCCAGCAGCAUUUUAAUGGACGUUAAACUUUGAAAAAGAGGCAGAGCGGAUCUCCUCUUGUUCCACCCCCUGAACGCCUCCCGGUGAUCUCCAGCAGGCUGGUCAGUGGAUUUUCGAAUCACGGAAGCACUUGCAGUCCCUGACACGCCUGUACUACCCUCCUUUGCAGAUGGGGAAAGGGAGGCAGGCUGGGAGGAGCGAUUGGCCCAAAGCGUCACUGAAUCAUUGAGCUGGGAUUAGAAUUUGGGGAGCCUGGGGGGUCAAACCAGUAAAGGCUUUGAUUUCACAGGAGCACCAUUUCCUCCGUUACCCAUGGACCCGCUGGUGGGAGAACCAGAGGGCAGCUCUGUUCCUUGUUCUGAAACUCCAGCUGCUCGGUCCCACCCUGUGCAGUGUCUGCCGUGAGACUGGGAACAAGGCUCACUUCUGUGCCAUUGACUAAUGGUCUUUGAUCACAGCCCCCAUGGUCACAUGGCUGACUCGCCAGGGGCGUAAGAAGCUUUAAUGUUUGGAAGUGGUGUGUUAGUCACGUCCUGCGGCUCCACCGUUAACACCCUGUGCAGAAGACAGGCCCAGCUUCUCUGAGGUCUGUGCUAGCUUACCCGACCACUCAUGCCCUCGCCUCUGACCUCCCCAAGAGAGCCACUCUAGACAUGGGGGGCGGGGUGGGAGGGUCUGGGAUGUCAUGUCCAUGCACCUGGCUUGGGGGCUGUGCGUCAGAGGGCCACAAUCACACCCCGGCAGGCUGGUGCUGCCUGAAUUCUAGCUCUGGAUUAGAGUGUCAGGAACUCGAACUGCCUCUUUGAUACCAGGGGGGCGUCUUCCCUUGCGAGAGGCUGAAUUAGGAAUUGUAAUUGGAAAAGAAAAUGCCAGGAAGUUGGGUGACGUCUUGGGGCUCUCAAGUGUCAAUUAGGGAAAAGUAGGUGAGCUGCUAGUGGCCCUGCCGCCACCUUUGCACCCGCUCCUCUUCUCCCGUGGCCACAGCGCCUGGCCCAGAAGCUCGGUCCUUAAAGGAAAACUGCCCUUCAAAGAGCUGGGCGCUGCCGCCCUGAACUCAAGCGUUCAAUGCUUUGGGUUUGCACCAUUCUAGCCCUUUGUUUACACAACCCUGAGUGCAAAUGAAGGUUAAAACAAGACAAUAUGUCUCUUGCUGCUUUUGUUGCUAGGGCAACCUAGUCAGAACAAGCAUGAGGUCACUGGCCUUGGCUGCCGCUUGCCAGCCCUUCCCCUAGAUACUGCUGCACCUGCUCUGAGAAGUGCUCCAGAACUGCCUUUCCUUCCCCCAUUGCCUGCCUCAAGGGCGGGGCUACCUGUGCAAUAGGUGAAGCUAAUUGCGAGGAGGGGAGGUCAUUAAAAAGUCAGUAUUAGGGAGCUGGGGAUGCACUGGCCCGGUUCCCCCUGUGUACCCAGCAAGGUGCUUGUGUAGGGCCACCCCCGUGCUCGGGGGCAGGAUCACCAGCCCGGCCCUGGUCGGGUGCCUGCUAUUUUACUGGGUAGACCUGCAUCCAACAGCCCUUUGCCAGUGGGAGUAGCCCAGUGUGAACUGCAAGGUGCCGGCAACUGCCCCUUCGAUCUGGGCUGUUGCAAUCGGGCGCUCUGUUUGAGAGGCACAGGGCUAGUGCUGGCUAGAGUGUAUGCCAGUAGCCGUGCUUGUUGCAACCUUACCGCCUGUAUGAUGAGCAGAAACUGCCCUGAGUUAGCAUCUAAAACCUCCUCCUCCUUAGCCUGCCCUCUACCAGCAUCAAGCCAACCCGCGGUAACAGCAGGAUUGGGCCCAGCCCGACUGGAGCAGCCUGCUGCUCUUGUACCGAAACAACGGCGACAGGAGUCUUGGUUCUGGUGUAUGAGCUAAUCUUAAGGCAGCUCCGAGGGGGGGCGGGGGGUUAACUGCAUUCCCGCUGGCUGCUGGGCAAAGGAGGUCACGACCCUGUUCUCCUUUUUCCAUUUACUUUCAAACGGAGCUGAAUUUCAGUGGUUGAUUGUUAAGCUGUGAUUCAGUUCAGCUGGUUUGGUGGGUGGCACAAAUCUGAGCCUGGAGUUUCUAGCCCCUGAGCACUGGUCUGGUUUCUCUCGGGUGCAGCUCGCCGGUGCUCAUUCCGAUCAGUCCUUCAGGAACCAAGAGGCGGCAGGGGGAGGUUGCCUGUAGCACUGGCCCAGCUUUGAAAGGGAGAUGCUGGGUGGGGAGUCGAGGGCAAGCAAGUCAGCCGAUUGGCUCGCACUUAUUUCCACAGCGGUCGCCCUGGUCACGCGGUGGAGACGCGGCCCUAAUGCUUGCUGAGGAUGGCAAGGGUCACGUGACAGCCUGCAUUCACUGUCAAUAGUUCCACUUAACUGGACUCUAUGAUUGUAAUCACAGACUUUAAAGGGUCUUAUCUUUGUAUCAUUGUGGGAUGAUAGGAACCCUAGGAGAUUUCUGUCCUAUGUAAAUGAGCAACUGGGAGAACCAUUUUAACCCUUUUCUGCUUCUACUGAAGACUGGGCACCUGCAGUGCCGUGAAUCUCAAACUCUCCUUAGCCAAAUUUCACAGAGUACAGUGUGGCCAAAAUGACUUUGGCUUGCUGCAGUCCCCUGGCCCAGGCAGAGGUGAUGACUUUUGGCACAGUCAGCACCCAGUUAUUUUAGAAUGUAAAUAGCUGGAGUUUAGGAAUGGGGGGUUUUAGUUUUUAUGAACGCGGCCUGAAUGUCAUUUGUUGGGAGCUUACAGAAAUCUGCAGACUCAACCCCCUUCCCAGAUGUUUCAACUUGCUUCUGUCAGAAUCCUGCAGUCAUUGCUGUCUAGAGCUUCUCUCCCUGCCCUUUCCAGCCCCCCACUCUGCUGUCAGCUGUCUUUACCCUCGCCAGCUGGGUCCCAGCCUUCCUUUGCAGUACCCAGACACUCAGCUAGUCCCAGUUCCCACCCUAACCCUCCAUUCCCCAAGAGCCCAAGCCUGAACUCCCAGCCCAUAGAACACGGUCAUUUUAUAGAUGUCACCUACCUGGGCCUUAAGCCAGGGCCUGAGAUUUACUGCUAAGGGACGGUCCAUUGCUGUACUGUUCCUUUGGUCUGAAAAGGGUUAAAACUGGCACUAUAGAACCAUAUUUCUGAACUCCAAAAAAUGCUCCUUCCAGGAAUUUGAAGUGGCAAAACGACAAUUCUGGUAUUUGCAAUCCUGUGAUUCCCUUUUUAAUUUUGGGGGGAGGGGGUAGGAGGGCUUAAUCUCUGUAUGAUCAUCCUAGCUUUAGCUUCCCGUUUGUGACUGUCCAUAGUGUAGUGUGUGUUUUAACAACUGGUUUACACGGAUUGUUGCUGUAAAAGUGAAUUUGGAAAUAAAGUCAUUACUACAAUAA